UAUGAAAACCAUAGUGAUAGGUUUGAGGAAGACAGAACGGACUGGAUUGCACACCUUUCACAUUGUAUUGUUGGAUGCACACCUAGACUGGAAUAUGUGCUUCUGGAGCCAGGCAAACUUCACAGGCACCUAAACACCAGGGGGUUCAACCGCUCUUCAGCUCAUAGGCUUUUCUUCCAUUUUGUCUUAACCUGCUCUAAGGCUCUACACGAUGAGUGACGGCAAAGAGAAACCCCAUGGCAGCAAAAAAGGGCCCAAUGUCAAGCCGAAAAGCAAGGGCAGCUUCAACCUGGAAACUUCAGAGGGACGACGGAAGGCCGACAAGCCUCUUAGGAGAAGCCGCAGCAACGAGGAGGAAAACCGGCGUCGUGAAGGUAGCCGAGGUAGAGAACGGGACCGGAAGGAGGGCGGAAAGCAACAACGGGGUCGCAGCGAGGAGGGAAGGAGGCGAGACCGAGACCACGAGGCUGGACACCACAAGACGGAGCAACCCAGAGACGAACUGCAAGACACCGAGUGCAUCGUGUGCUUCUGCAGCUUCGACAACGUCUUCAAGGCUCCCAAGUUACUUUCCUGCGGACACACGUUUUGCCUGGAAUGCCUGGCACGCAUCAACGUCAAUUCUCCAGAGCUCAAGACGCUGACUUGCCCCAUCUGUCGGGAGCUGACGGAAAUCCGACACGGCCGAGAUCUGCCUCAGCUAGGAAAUAACGAAGACAUCUUCCGGAAACUUCCGGCCGAGAUGCAAAGGGCGCUUUCUGUGCGUUUUCAACGCAGCAAAGGCAAACUCGUCCUCAAGAAUCCUCCAUCAAACAGCUCCAUUAAGACCAGCUUAAGCCUGCCGGUGUUAAAGAAGAAAGAGGAGCAGGCCGGUAAUAACCCACUUGGAGUCAUGGAGGAAGGUCUCGGCCAGGCGACUAUGAUUGAUGUUGGAAGACCUCCCAGCAGGAUGAGGGGUCGCAUGAGAAGGCUAUUAUAUUCCAAUCAGUGCUAUUAUGCCGUACUUGCAGCCAUUAUCAUAAUCACCGUGGCUCUGAUGCUGGUAGGCAUCUUCACCUUUGUGGUGAUGCCCUUUAUUCAUAAACCAAUUAAUCCAUUCCCGAACCAAACUUCUCCAGACCCAACGCCUUAAGGGAUCACUCAAGAAGAACAACUGGCAAAGCAAAACAAGCUAGAUUCUUAGUGGAGCCUGUUGCAUUGUUCACAACACUGCAUUUUUGUUUGCUUUUGUGUAAGAAGCUUCAGACAGGCUCUAUGGGAAUGAACUGGAUAAAACUUGAAGAUAUGAUACACUGGAGGCUGUUGUGCAUGGACAUAUUUUACACAGACUGACACAUUAUUAUGCAAAGGUCUGUAAGAACAAGAGGCAACGAUGACGUCUAUUUGACGAGUCAUGACUUGUGUUUUUCAGACUAUGAAUCAAUUUAGGUAUAUAUAAAAAGGGCUGGAUAAUAUUAAAUAAUAAUAUUAUUGUACAAUAUUACUGUAUGCCAUUUGAUUUAAAGAAGAAGUAUGUUUUUACAUGUACUGUAAUGUAUUUCUUAUGGUUUGUGGUAUUGACGCGUGGGAAGGACAAAACUGUGACAACUCACCAAUGCAAAUAAUCUCAGUCUAAAAAUGUGUAUGACAACACAAAUGAAGCUCAUAAAUGUUCUUUCUCAUGCUGGAAAGACAUUUAUUAGAAAUAUACAAGAAGUAUAAUUCUUUGACUUAUGCUGCACAUAAUGUAAAUAAUAUACUCUGAUAUGUAUAAUUAUAAUGUAUAUUCAUAGUUUUUUGUUCUUUUGCACAAAUGGGGAGACGCAAAAAAGUGGAAAAUAAUAAACGUUUUAGACCA